GGCCGGUCGGGCUCCUCGGGGAUCGGCAGCGGCAUCAAGCUGGAGAAUGUGGCCAUCACCUUUAAGAACCAGCAGGUGCUGCGGGACAUCAGCUGGGAUGUGAAAAAGGGGGAGCGCGUGGGCCUGGUGGGCGUCAACGGCGCCGGCAAGACCACGCAGCUGCAGGUGCGGCGCCAUCCCGAGCUGCCUGGCAGGCGCUGGCUGCCGCUGCAUCCGCCGCCCCUGCUGCUGCCGCCUGCUGUGCAGGCGCUGGUGAGGGCGCUGCAGGCGCCCAACUUCAACGAGUUUGCGGACAAGGUGAGGCGCCCAACCGCCAGCGGUACAGCCGUCGUACUCCGAGUUAUCCAGCCAUGCAUGCAAUCCGCGCUGCGCCGCCGUCUGGUUCUGCGUGUAACCAUCUUCUCUCCUGUGCUGCGCUCGGGGCUUCUCAACACAGCCGCCACAAAGAGUGCCACGAUGAUGCCUGAGCUGGGGUUUGGGCCCGACGACAACGACCGCCUGGUGGCCUCCUACUCGGGCGGCUGGCAGAUGCGCAUGUGCCUGGGCAAGAUCCUGCUCAAGGACCCCGACCUGCUGCUGCUGGAUGAGCCCACCAACCACCUGGACCUGGACGCCAUCGAGUGGCUGGAGGGCUACCUGAAGAAGCAGGAGAUCCCCAUGGUCAUUGUGUCCCACGACCGCGAGUUCCUGGACCAGCUGUGCACCAAGAUUGUGGAGACGGAGCGAGGGGUGGCGCACACGUUCAAGGGCAACUACACCGAGUACGUGAAGCAGAAGGAGGAGCGCAACGCGCAGCAGUGGGUGGCCUGGGAGAAGCAGCAGAAGGAGAUUGGGCGGCAGGAGGAGAUGAUGCGGAGGCUGGCGGCGGGUGCCAACUCGGGCCGCGCCUCCACCGCCGAAAAGGCGCUGGAGCGGCUCAAGGCGGAGGGGACGUAUGUGGAGAAGCCCUUUGUUCCCAAGAAGCGCGCCUUCUUCUUCCCGCCCGUGGAGACCAUGGGCCAGGUGGCCGUGCGCAUCGAGGGCCUGACCCACGGCUAUGGCGGCGACCACCUGUUUGAGGAGGCGGACUUGACCAUUGAGAAGGGCGAGCGCGUGGCCAUCAUCGGGCCCAAUGGAGCGGGCAAGAGCACGCUGCUGAGGCUGCUCAUGGGGCGCGAGGAGGCGCAGGAGGGGACGGUUGAGCUGGGGUCAUAUGGCGUGGUGCCCAACUACUUUGAGCAGAACCAGGCUCAGGCGCUUGACCUCAACCUCACAGUCAUCGAGACACUGGUCAGGGCUGCCCCCGAUGCCAAACUGAAUGAGAUCAAGGGGCUGCUGGGCAAGAUGCUGUUCAGCGGCACGGGCAUGGAGAAGAAGGUGGAGUGGCUGAGCGGCGGCGAGAAGGCGCGGCUGGCGCUGGCCAAAUUCAUGCUCACGCAGGGCACGCUGCUGGUGCUGGAUGAGCCCACCAACCACCUGGACAUCCCCUCCAAAGAGACGCUGGAGGAGGCUGUGCGCGCCUUUGAGGGCAGCGUGAUUGCGGUCAGUCACGACCGCUACUUCCUGCGCCGCAUCGCCACCCGCAUCGUGACGGUGCAAGGCGGCAAGCUGGUGGACUACCAGGGCGACUAUGAGCUCUUCCUGGAGCAGAACAAGGAGGAGGCGGAGAAGAUGGCGGAGAAGGAGGAGAAGGCACGGGAGAUAGAGAAGUCGACCAUCAAGGCUAAGAGCAAGAUGAGCAAGGCGGAGAAGGCCAAGACGAAGAAGGAGAAGGCCAAGUCGUUCAACCAGUCGGCGGGCAGCGGCAAGGUUGCCAAAAACGCCAAGCGGUGGAACUAA